AUGGAGGGCUCCUUGCGGAAGGGAACAGUGCGGUUGCUGUGCGAGGAACUGGCGGGGGAACUAGAAGCGGAGCGAGCGACGGGACUGUCCGUGGAGCUGAAGGUGUUGUGUGCGCUGCGCUUCUUUGCCAGCGGGAGCUUCCAAUCAUCCAUUGGCAGCGAGGAGACAAUCCGUGUGUCGCAGUCGACGACGGCCGAGGAAAAGGCAGUCGUGAAUGAGGGUUUCUUUUGGCGUGGUGCUAUCCCCGGCUUCACCGGAUGCAUCGAUGGCAGCCUCAUAGUCAUUAUCACACCCAAGGGUGAGCGCAAGGCUGCAUUCAUGUGCCGCAAGGGAUACUACACCCUCAGCUGCAUGUUCAUCUGCGACGCGGACAUGGAGAUCCUGGCCGUGGACCCUCUGCGACCGGGGUCGGACCACGAGGCGUUCGUAUGA